UUUGGUGGCGCUCAGUAGAAACACGCGCACAUUCAACAGGUUACUCCAAACACUGCGGAGUCUCUCCUGAUACUGUUAUUCAGCACGUCAACAACAGGAGAAAAAACUACUAAAUCUGAUUACAUGGACAAUUCAUCAAGAAUGUCGUCUGCAUGCGCAAUCUAAAACCUUUGUAGAGUUUUUUUGUUUUGUUUUGUUUUGUUGCGCGCUCGUACUUUUUCAGCUAAAGACCGUGCACUUGGAUUUUAUUUCUAAAUCAUGGCGUUUAAAUGCAUUGUUUUGGUGCACCUGCUACUCUUUUCCAUCAUGCAUAUAUCUGGCUAUAAAGUGGCAGACUUCGUGUUGGAUGUCCCACCUGGUGAUGUCAGUGACAGCGAGGAAAGCGACAGGGUUUCACGGCAUAUGUUUAAACUCUACGAGAAAUACAACAGAGAACAGCACUGGCCAAAAAGCACCAAUACUGUGAGAAGUUUUAAAGCCAAGCCUGAAAGCUUGGAUCAACGAGUUUUGUAUCACCUAAAUCUAACGUUGCUUCAAGAGUCUGAGCUCGUUCUCACCUCCACACUUCACUUCUUUUUUGACAAGCGUCCACGCCAGAGGUCUUCGAUCUGCAAGCGCUUCCACGAUUCUUUGUGUCGCAUCCAGGACCAUCAUUACUUACCGCCAUUUCAUCUUUUAUUCCGAAGUUGUUCCGCUGAUUCACCUUUGGGCUCAAUGAUAGGAAACAUCACUUUUUACCCACACAGUAGAGGGAUAUGGCAAACCAAGGAUGUGUCUCAAAUAAUAAAGGAAGCAAGACUCAGGAACCAGGCUGUGAUAACAGUGGAGUUUGACUAUGGCAAAAAAUAUCAGAGGUACCAGGACCUCUUGUCAGCCUUCAGCCUUCCAUACAUCCUAGUGUAUGCCAAUGACCAAGCAAUUUCAGAGCCCAACAGUGUGGUCAUGAGUUUACAGAGGUAUGACCCGUUCCCUGCAGAUGAGAAAAGCCCUCAAUCUUCAAUCACUUCAGCUGAUAUGCGAGUUAAAAGGGACUUGUAUUUUCCUGACCCUAUCCAGAACAACGAGCUUCCUGAGGUGGAGUAUCACAGCUUUAAGGAGCAUGAUAAUUGGGAAAGUACUUAUCUAGCACUGAAGCCAAAGCCUCCCAAAAAGGAGCAGAGAAAGAAAGACCAAGGGAAUGUUGACAGGCCAAACAAGUUACAGGUUCUCAGCUUUGAUGAGAAAACCAUGAAGAAAGCACGAAGGAGACAGUGGAAAGAGCCUCGCGUGUGUUCCAGGAGGUACCUGAAGGUGGAUUUUGCAGAUAUUGGCUGGAGCGAAUGGGUCUUGUCCCCUAAAUCCUUUGAUGCCUACUAUUGCGCAGGAACGUGUGAAUUUCCCAUACCUAAGGUUGUUCGCCCUUCCAAUCAUGCAACCAUUCAAAGUAUAGUGAAGACUGUUGGUAUCAUUCCAGGCAUCCCAGAGCCCUGUUGUGUACCUGAGAAAAUGAACCCACUCAGUGUCCUGUUCCUGGAUGAAGCCAGAAACAUUGUAUUAAAUUAUCCAGACAUGUCAGUGGAGACAUGUUCUUGCCGAUAGGCACAGUGGUCAGUGGAAUAACCACAUGUGGAGACACAGGCAUGUCUUGUGGUUACAAAACCAAAAUGAAAUGUGAAGAGGCAAAUUGUCUGUAGCUGCCACAUACUGUACAAUGAACACUGCAAAGUUAUGUAAUUCUGAAGGGCUUUACACACUCAUUCGUAUUUACAGUUUUCUUUAUUGUAUAGAUUCUUUACUCAUAAUGAUGAACUGUAUCUCUGAGAAAACACUCUGUAAAUGUAUUAAGAGGUUGGUUCAGUAGUUAUUGCAUUGCUGCUUUCUUUAAGUCGUUCAUUUUAAUGGAAAAUAAUGGCGAACAGUAAAGAUUUUUUUUUUUUUGCAGAGAUUUUCAAUAGGAUGCAGAGUUUAUUUAAAUUAUGCUUGAAAUUAAAAAUAUCCAGAGUAGUAAACACUUCUAUAGUACAGCAAGUCCAAGCACAAGGUAGUCCGAAUGCGUGGCAUUUGAAUUCAUUAUUUUAUGUCAAUAUGUAUUGCAUAACAUCAGCAGACACUCCACAGCUGGAGAUUCAGCUUUGAAAGCAGGCUUCAGUUUCACGACUGUUAAGCAUUGAACUACCAAUAAGCCACUCAUAUUUGAAAGUUUUCCUUGGAAUAUUUCCAACUGGUUGUGUGUCAGAUAUAAACUACUCACCAAGGUCACCCAUGUGUUAAAUUAUCCUCAGACAGGUUGUGUUACCUUUAGAGAUGCUAUCAGAAUUAUGAUUAUGUAUUAUCUCCUUAUCCAUGUCUACAUAACAGUAUUUAAAAAUUGACCUAAGUGUGAAAGAUUUGGGGAGAAUUUACUUGUAUACAAAACAUAAGGUAAGGUCAAUGAUACAGUAUGAUAUAUAUGUUAGAAAAUGUAUUUUUGUAAAUGUUUGUUUAAUUUUAAAUUAUGAGCUGAAAUUACUUAUAUGUAUAGUGAUAUAUAUAGAAACUGUAUUUGUAAAAGUUUUGGUUUUGUAACAGCAUCUUGAUAUUUACUGGUAAACACAGGUUUUGUUUAGAGUCUUUUGUUGUUAAGAUCUCUGAAUAACAUGUGAAGAGGGUCACCACUGAUUGCUCUCUGAAAGAACCCUUCUCCACUUCGACAUCAAAAGAAAGGAUAGACGAGUUCUUGCUUCUUCUAGUCGACGUUUCAAACCCACUUCAAGAGCAAGCGGGCCUUUGAGAGCAGGAUGUUAACGUUUUUCUCACAACAAAUGAUGUCACUCCUUUCAGACACACUCAAGACAUUGUCAUCCACAGCAGACCAGAAAGCUAAUGAUUUAUAUGAACAUUAACCAGUUAGUGGUAUGAUUUUUUUUUUUUAAUAAGAUGAAUUAGUUUUUUGGUUGAUGUGUAUUUCCAAAACAAAUACAUGAUGUGGUAAUAUUUAUGUAAUGUGUCUGAUUCUCAUGAAUGCAUUUUCCAGAUUUAUGACUGUCAUGUGGUACCAAGUUAAUGAUACAUUGCACUCGAAAUGCUUUUAAAUCAUUUUUGGCAUUUGUAUGAUAUAUUCUAUACAAAUAAUGAAUGUGGUAUUGAGAAGAUGGUGAAUGAAUUCAUUUCAAAUGAUUUUAUUAAGUUUUUACAAGUUCAUUAUAUAGCUAGCAUUGACUUCAAUACUAGCACGUCAAUAGAGCUCUUUAAUUUAGCAAAUCAAACAUGUUUAAAUUUGUGCCUUACUUUUCUUACUUACAUUAUAGCAACCAGCACCCACUAAACAAAUUCGACAUAAUCACCAAAAAGGAAUCUCCAAUACCAGGAUCUGCCUUGAACUACUUCAAUAACGGUAUAGGUUUUAUCAGGAUGUAAAUAUUAGGCAGUUUGCCAUUUUCAAAUGAUGCCAAGUCAAUAAAGUCUGUAACUAAGAGACAAGUAUUGCUUAUGAAUGGAGAGAAGACAUUUUAUAUACAGUUGAAACAUUUCCUUCCUCAUCUGAUUAACAGCUACUGCAAACUGGUCACUAAUUAUGACAGUAUUAUACUGGAAUUUCUUCCACAAAUUGACGACAUCCAGCAGUAAAAACUGCUGAGGAGGAACGUUGACUUUCCUAUGAACUCUCUCUCUCUCUCUCUCUCUCUCUCUCUCUCUCUCUCUCUCUCUCUUACUCUCUCUCUGUUUUUGAGAGAUCCCCAUAGUCUGCAUGUGAUUCUUAUUCAAAAUAUAGUACAGAGCUCCCUCCACAGGACUGUGAGUGUAUGUGUUUGGGGUCAAUAACUUAUUUGUGAUAUAAAAACAUACCUACACUGAUGAAUUGACUUUUACUCAAUAAAAUAUUAUACAAGUCCUCUUAUAAUAGUACUCUUUUUUCAUACAUUUACACAAAACUCACACAAAUAUUUAUUCCUUUGAAAUUGACAAAAAGAUACCAUACUCAACAUGAAUUUAAGAGCUAUAAAUUCUGUAAGAGUUAACUGAUUAUUUUUAGAAUAAAUAGAAAGAUAAUUACUGGUUUACCUUGUUAAGCAUUUUUACCAGUUUAUAAUGUUUUUUUUGUUUCUUUGUUUGUUUGUUUGUACAAUUCAUACUACUUCAUUAUGACAAUUUCAUAGUAACCACUGUCACAAAUGGAUUUUUGCAACAUAUUAGUAUCUAAUGAGUGACAUGAGCCUAUUAGCUGAUUCUCUAAUAUUUAGAGAAUGGCCAAAAUUCAUAAUGUUUGCUCAUUCUGCUUUCUAAAUCCCAUAAGGUGACUUCUUUGUAUAUUACUGCUAAAGAAGCUUGAAUGAAAAUCAGUAGAAAUGGUUGAAGAGGAUAUUUAAACAUCUAGAAUUUUGAAAACAUUUUACAGUCAAGAUUAAUUAAAUAGUUCAAGUUGAGUUUGAAUCAUUGUUCUUUAAAUGCUAUUCUGGACCAGUGAUCAUAAUAUAACAAUUUAUGACAAUGUACUAGUUUAUUGCAUCAUAUAUGUCAUUUCUUGUUGAAUUGAAUGAAUCAUAGAUAAGCCUGUUAUUCUGUUUUAUUGUGCGUAACAAAUAAUAUGCAUUACAUACCCCAAAUGAACAUCUAUCCAUAUGCAGUAAUCUAGCUUCAUGUACUUGGACAGACAUUUUCAACACUUCAUUUAAAAUAUUUUACAAUCCUUAAGUCAUUAAGUACUCAGUGACUACAAUGACAAUUAAGGAUGAACUCACACAUGCUUCUUUGCCUUUAAAGCAAGACUUUUACUGACAUAAUGUGUCACCAAAUAUAUAACAUAUAAUAUAAUAGUAUAUCAUUUUCCAAAACAACUAUUAUCAAAUAAAUACAGAUUUUUUUUGUCCUUUUGUUUUGAUGAAUGUGACUUUAUCAUAAUGAUUAUUAUAUUAAUCAUCUUAAUUAUAAAGAUGAUUAAGAUUCCAUUAUUACUUAAAGAAGUUAUUACUUUGACUAUAGUGCAACUAUUAACAACUAAUUCAUACAAAAAUAAAAUGACAACAAAAAAAACUACUGAUGGAUUAGUCAAGUUGCUAGUGAUUAGUGAAAUGUCUAGACGUGGCUCUAUAUUUUUAAACCUGAGAUUUAUAAGGCACUGUUGGCUGUUGCAGCCUUGAAAUAUUAGUAUUGUGUGGUUCCAUUUUUUCU